UCAUCAUCAUCAUCAUCAUCAUCAUCAUCCUGCCUCUGGUAGACACGCCCACACUCAUCCACUUCCAGUAGGUCCAGUGAACCCGUCAGAAACAUAAAGGGGACACUUGGACCACCAGAAGGUUCUGGUCCCUCCACCCCCGAUGAUGGAGAGAAUCACCAUAGCGACCAGCGACCCUCCUCUACUGGAUGCCUGGUUCUGAUUGGACGCCUGAUUCUGAGUCCAGGCGUUGAGGCUGUCCAGACUUUCUGAAGGUUCAGUUCCAGUUGGAACGGACUCUGUAGAACAUUCCUCCCUGAUCCAGAACUGCUGGCCCAGAUGACUGGACUGGUUCCUGAGGAGAAGAUUCAGGAUCUGAAAGGUGGAGAACCAGAUCUGCAGAGCUGGACGACCAGUAGCACAGCAGACCCUAGUGUUGGGUUGGGUAACGAGGAGCUGUGGAGCGGUUUUGGAUCCGGUUUGGACCUGUUGGAGACGUGGGAUGAAGCAAAGCAGCUCACAGGAGGACCCCUGAUCCCGACCCGGUAAGAACCGUCAGUCUGACAGAAACCCGGGUCGAUCCGAGCGCUCUGUGACUCCAACAUGACGUCUGCUUUAACUUCUAGGUGGGACCGAGGCGGGUUCUGGGAUGUUGGACCCCAGCUGAUCUCAGGUCAGUAGCCCCACCCCCUCCAAUCCGCCAUUGGCCGAAGGAGCAGACCCAGCCUCAGAUUGGUUGUAGCUGAGGAGGGAGGAGCCAGCGGCUGAUUGAUCAGGAUCAGGACGAGGAGGCGGAGCUUAGCCAGUAAAUCCACGAUGAGCCGGCUCUGCUGCAGACAACAAGUGUUCAGAGAGGAAGAGGAGGACGAAGAGGACGAAGACCAGGUUACUGAGUGCCACAGAGAGGAAGGAGGAAACAGGUUACCACGGCAACCAGGGGGACGUCACGGCAGCGGCAGGACAGAGGACACCCAGGUUCCAGGACGUGUGAGCUGAUGGGGGAUGGAUCUGGUGUUCAGACUGACCAGAGAGCUCGGCCUUCUACGGGACCCCAGCAGUCCUCUGCGUAUUUAAGCAAAAGGAAAGACCCCGGUGUUAAAGGGGCAACCAUGUCUCAGCCAAGUAAAGUGCUCCACCUGUAUGUGGAGGUCCGCUCUGUUUCUGAGGGGGAGGAGGAGUUUCUGGGUACAGGCGAUAAUGGCGCCAACCAGUUGAUGCUACAGUGUCCAGAUAUCGUCUCUCACUCUCAGAGGAGCUCCAGUCGGUCCAGUUCCAACCGGAGUUCAUCCCCGGUGACGCCUUACUGUUCAGCGGGUGGGAACCACAGCCUGGCCUCCUCCCAGUCAUCUUCCAGGCAUUCAGUCAGCUGCCAACAUCCAUCUCCUGCCCAGUUCCAUCAUCAGGAUGAUUUAAAUGAAAGUUUUAGCCACUUGCUUGAGAUUCUGACCCCCAACAAAGCCAUUGUAAACCAUUAUGGCUCCCCUGGAUGCACACCUGACUUGGAUCCCUGCUAUGGGAAGGUGGCCAACCCCCAGUCAUCCUCACCCCCCCGCUGGCUUAGCAUCCCCUCCACCUACAGCACCAGUCCGAGGUCCCGCCAUGCCCCAGCAAUGCUAGAUGAAAACGGACAGACAUCUUUGGUGUCCUAUGGGUACAUAGAGAAUGGCAGCGUGAACAGCAUGUCUGGACACGGUACCGUCUGGCACCAGCACGAUGCUGACCGUUACCUGAGGAGAACGGAGAAUCAGCAGAAGAGGAUGAGUGAUCCAGUGUGGUACAGCGAUCAGACGUCAGGCGACACGCUGCAGCCUAAGAGAGACUCCUCCCCCUCCUUAUCGAAGGCCACCAUGGAGGCGGUGGCCAGAGACGCCACCCAUAGGGCCUUAGAGGAGUUUGGGUCUCCAGAACUGAGGCGUAGGUUUGCAGGUCAUAGAUCAGAGAACAACAGUCCAUCUCAGGCUCCACGCUGCCGCUCUUUGGGUGGCUCCCCUGUCCAGUCCCGUAGUACUCGGACCCUACCAUCCAGGAGAGAUCUCCUAGAGAUGGAUAGGAGACUCUGUCAUGGGUCACUGAACCGAUUACCCAGAAGUCCUGCGUCUGAUCGCCUGUCUGCUCAAACUGGCGACUCAUUCUACUCAUCAGCUCGACCGCAUGGUCCUCCUCAAAGUCCACAGAGGCCCUGGGUGCAGGGCGAAGGUCAUAGGUUCAACGCAUUCCAGGCUCCUCUGCCUGCAGGGAGACCUACAGACAUUCAGCAUGAGAUCCCGAGAAGCAGUUUUCCUGCAGGGGCUGAGCACCAUGCUAGGAACUCCUACCAUGGCAUCAGUAACAGAUGUCAUGAUAAAACCACCAACUCCGGUCAUUGCCCAUGGGAAGCUGGGAGCUGCAGUGAUCAGUCAGACAGUAAGAGCUCCCAUCCGCCCCGCUGCAGUAGCAGAACAAGUGAUGCCAACAGUCCCAUCAGUGACAGGAGGAGCAUCUCCCCAUACUCCAUCACUGAACUGGAUUAUAAGGCACUUGGAGAGUCUAACCGAACCUCCGCUGACAGGUGGAACAAAUGGACCCCCUCGCCAACACCCUCUGAGGCGGACUCACUGAUAGCCGAGAGUCCCAGAUAUUCAGGACCAUCCCUGAAAGAAUCUCACCUCCGGCAUCUUGAGCCGAAGCUGACGGAGAACCAGAACCACAGCAGAAGAACAGAAACGCUGGCACCUCAAACCAAACCAGGACGCAUUUCUCCCAUGAUGUCCAAAAAAGUACCUCCUCCAUCAGCAUCUCCUGCCAUUCCCAGUCAGUUGGACCGGAUAUCUGCCUCUGGGUCACCAGUGUUGGACCCCCAACUGAGACGGACACCAUCACCAUCUAAAGACGUGUCCAGUCUGCAUCCCUACCAACCGACUCGGUCCUCUGGAAACCCCGGACCAUCCGCCAUGGACCAGAGGCAGUAUGACCACCUGUUUGAUGGGCCACCGGCCGUGAGCCCUGUGAUUACCAAGAGAAGUGUGUCCAGUCAACAUUCAGAGGUUCCACUGGUUAGCUGGACUGCCAGGGAACAGAAACAGUCUGGACCUCUUGUGGACAGAGCUGAUACCGUCAGUAAGGCGUCUUCUAGAAGUCCUGCUCUCAGCGGCGAUCCGUGCCGUAGAAAGGACACGCGAGGAGUCCAGAAACAGCUGGCCCAGGAGUGCCAGUUGCUGGUUUUGGGAAUGCCUAAGAGCCAGAAAGAGGCUCAGGAUCCCAGUGGAGCAACUGGGAUGUCCUCUUCAAGCUCCAGUGGGGUGACAGGAAGCCUGUCCCCUGAGACCUCCAGUCAGUCCAGUCACGGUACCGCGGAUGGCGGCUCAGGGAUACAGGUUGGCUGGACAGGGUGGUCCUCGCUGUGUUUGAGUAGAUUUUCCAUAAACAAUAAAUGUGUUUUAGAAAGAAUAGGCUUUAUGACGGUUCCUUUCUAUCCCGGCUCUGACAGUGUGUUCUUAAAGCUGUCUAAAUGAAUCAGGGAACAUUAAUAUUCUUGUUUCCAACAAGCAGAUGAUGAAGCCUUUUGUUAUUUGCACCAUAGGUGAUGUGCUUGUUGGGAUCGGAGACCCUACUUUAAUGAAAGAUCUCCUCUGGAGACGUUUCAGAACCCAGGAGGUCUUCAUCCCAACUGAGUGAGCUGAAAGGUGGCCCUAGCAAGCUGGCUGGGGUUUGUCGCCAUGGUUGCAACAUAUCUGAGACCAAGGAGGAGUGUGGGGACCUUGGUGCUAGUGUAUGUCAUGGAUGUGGACUUCCUGCAUCCAGAAGAUUAUGAAGGAAAACCCCAAAAGCACAGAGUUUCAGACCCCAGCAGGAUUCCUCCACAUAGAGGUCAGGGCUGUGAGGCGUCUAAAGCAUCUACGGU